AUCUGUUCAUGUUGCUCCUAGCAACCGCUGAGUGCACACAACUGUACCGUGUGCCACUCCAUCGUUUUCCCUCGGUCCGCCAUCGUUUUCAGCAGUUUGGCAUCCGCAUGGAUCGACUGCGGCUCAAGUAUAGCUUGAGGACGCGUGGGGAUUCGUUGAGGAGUGUACCGCUAAGCAACUAUCUGGAUGCGCAGUAUUUUGGACCCAUCAGCAUUGGAACUCCACCGCAAACGUUUAAUGUCAUCUUCGACACGGGUUCGGCGAAUCUGUGGGUGCCGUCGGAGACGUGUCACAGAAAGCUCGCCUGCCAGAUUCAUAGUCGCUACAAUGCUAAACGCUCGCGUAGUUACAAAUCCAACGGCUCCCAAUUCGAUAUUCAGUAUGGCUCUGGUAGUCUCACAGGAUAUCUGUCGCAGGACACGGUGCGUAUGGCUGGACUGGAGUUGCUCAAUCAAACGUUUGCCGAGGCCACCGAUAUGCCUGGUCCCAUCUUCCUGGCUGCGAAGUUCGAUGGCAUCUUUGGCCUGGGCUAUCAAGCGAUUUCUAUUAAAAACAUCAAGCCACCAUUUUAUGCUGUAAUGGAGCAGAGUCUCCUGGAGCGCCCUGUGUUCUCGGUGUAUUUGAAUCGAGAUUCGACCAGUCUUCAAGGUGGCUACCUGUUCUUUGGAGGCUCUAGUCGACGCUACUAUCGUGGAAACUUCACCUAUGUGCCGGUAACGCAUCGCGCCUACUGGCAGGUCAAAUUGGAGGCGGCGUACAUUGGUAAGCUGCAGAUGUGCCAGAAGGGCUGCCACGUCAUCAUCGAUACAGGCACCUCCUUUAUCGCUGUGCCUUAUGAGCAAGCCAUACUGAUUAAUGAAUCCAUUGGAGGUACACCCGCUGCUUACGGCCAGUUCUCCGUUCCCUGCGAGCAGGUGCCGCACUUGCCGACGCUCAGUUUUGCCCUCGGCGGUCGUCGGUUUCAGAUGAAGGGAGAGGAUUAUGUAUUCCAUGAUAUCUUUGCGGAUCGUACAGUUUGCGCAUCGGCUUUUAUAGCCGUGGAUCUACCAUCGCCAAGUGGACCACUGUGGAUACUGGGCGAUGUAUUUCUGAGCAAAUACUAUACAGAGUUCGAUAUGGGCAAUCAUCGCAUUGGUUUCGCCGAUUCUAUUAGUUGAAUCCUUGUCUCUGUCACUGUCCCUUGCCGUUUCCUUUCUCAUUAAAUAUGCUGAUAGGGAAGCAAAAAGUCUGCAAAGUUGACACAAAUUUAAGGAGUUGUGAGAGAAAAUAGUAGAGAAAAUUUAUAUUUUCGGCAUGGCGAAGAUUACAUACACUCAGCUAUAUUAUAUUCGGUCAACUUAUA